GAGUCAUCAAUGGAUCCAUUAGGUGAGUCAUCAAACUCUCCCUAACACUAACAGUACCCAUUUCGGCGCAGCGAUGAACCGAGUUAAGGCGAUUGCCACUUCCCUCAGAUUGCUCGACUCGUCACUAGCUACCCGAGUUCUCAUGACUCGGAACCAGGUGACGCACUUCUCUCCUCAUACUUCACUACCGCUUUUGGAUCGCUCUCAUGAUUUCCGCUUUUCCAACACUCAACAAAAACUCUACUUUUCUUCGAAACCGAAUUCCAUUGUUGAGCUUGUUUUGACCAACGAUUGGUCCCAAGGGUUAGAGCGCGAGUUAGAAGAUGGUUGGCCAUCUAUGACCCAUGAAACUGUUCUUUAUGUUUUGAAGCGUUUGGAUAAAAAUCCAGAAAAAGCUUCGUGCUUUUUCAAUUGGGUCGUUGAGAAAGAAUGGUUUAGGGCAAGUUCUUCAGCGUUUAGCUUAAUUGUUAGGGUUUUGGCUACCAAGGAGACAAUGAAACAAUUUUGGAUUACUCUUAGGAUGAUGAAUGAGAAGGGGUUUUAUCUUGAUGAAGAGACGUAUUUGACAAUUUCUAUGGGUUUUAAAAAGGCAAAGAUGACCAAUGAUUCUGUUGCUUUGACCCAUUUCUAUAAUCGAAUGAUUCAGGAAAAUGCAAAGCAAAGUGUUGUCACCAAGGUGGUUGACAUCAUUGCGGAAAAUGAAUGGGGUCAUGAGGUUAUGAAUGAACUUACAAAGCUUCAAAUUCAAUUGUCGGAUAAUUUUCUUAUAAGGGUUUUGAAAGAGCUUCGAUAUCACCCUUCAGCGGCUUACAAUUUCUUUCAUUGGGUUGGGAAGCAAUCUAGUUUUGAGCAUAAUACAGUGACUUACAAUGCAAUUGCUAGAGUUCUUGCAAGAACAGAUUCAAUUGAGAAGUUUUGGAGUAUUAUUGAGGAAAUGAAGAGUGUGGGCCAUGAAUUGGAUAUUGAUACUUACAUAAAGGUAUCAAGGCAGCUUCGAAAGCAUAAGAUGAUGGAGGAUGCUGUCAAGCUUUAUGAGCUUAUGAUGGAUGGUUCAUAUAAGCCAUCAAGUCAGGAUUGCGGUGUCCUUUUAAGGAGCAUUUCUGCAAGUGAUGAGCCAAAUUUAAAGUUAGUUUACAGGGUGGCCAAGAAAUAUGAGUCAACAGGGCACACCCUCUCCAAGGCAAUCUAUGAUGGAAUCCACAGGUCUUUGACAAGUGCUGGGAAAUUUGAUGAAGCUGAAAAUAUUGUUAAGACCAUGAGAAAUGCUGGCCAUGAGCCUGAUAACAUCACCUACAGUCAACUGGUUUUUGGACUUUGUAAAAUGAGGAGGUUUGAAGAAGCAUGUAAAGUGCUGGAGGAGAUGGAAUCUUGUGGAUGCAUCCCUGAUAUUAAGACUUGGACCAUCUUGAUCCAAGGGCAUUGUGAUGCCAAUGAAGUAGAUAAAGCAUUAUUUUGUUUUGCUAAGAUGAUUGAAAAGGGCUGCGAUGCAGAUGCUGAUUUGUUGGAUGUUCUGGUUGAUGGUUUUCUCAAGCAAAAUAAAAUAGGAGGUGCGCACAAGUUGGUUAAAGAGAUAUGUGGGAAGUGUCGUAUAUCUCCAUGGCAAGCUACAUAUAAGAAAUUGAUUGAAAAGCUAUUAGGAGUCAUGAAGUUUGAGGAUGCCCUUGAACUUCUUCGUAUGAUGAAGAGAAGCAGCUACCCUCCAUACCAUCAACCCUUUGUGCCUUAUAUUUCUAAGUUUGGGUCUGUGGAGGAUACUGCACAAUUUCUGAGGGCAUUGACCAUAGGAACUUUCCCAUCCACUUCAGUUUAUGUUCAGGUUUUUGAAUCCUUUUUCCGAGAAGGUAGACUCUCUGAGGCCAAAGAUCUAUUGUACGAGUGUCCUCACCAUAUUCGUAAGCAUAGUAAAAUCUGUGAACUUUUUGGUUCAUCUGAGAGUCACAUUGCUGAUGCUUGAUCCCAAAAUCUUAUCUUUCUUCAAAAUCCAAAUGAUUAGUAUUAUCAAGUUUGAUCAAGCUAUAAGGUGGAUUUGGUCAUUGCCUGUUGGAAAAUUACAGGGACAUAAGAUUUGAUGUUGACAUCAAGCUGAGCUUCAUUCUGAAAUUUUAAGAAAUUUUCAUUUAUGACCAGUAAUGCUGUCAUUAAUAGCUCUUUUUUUAAGCAAGUACUGCUUCCUGCUUUUAUGUUUUACUGAGGGAUAUGGAUGUACAUGCUUGACAAUUCAUUGGUAUGGAAAAUAUUUUUGACGGGAACGUUAUUU